UCACGCUACCUUUAUGUGGAUUUGUGCACUGAUCCCGGUUGCGAUUGUGCAUCACAGCUGGGUCUCGCCUUUUCCCCCUCACCACAGCCUUCAGAGACUGGUGACUUAAGAUGCCAGCUGUCAGCUGCCUUAGGCCUGAGCGCGGGGCGAGAGAGGGCAUAGCCUACUGCAGUCCACCCGGCUCAGCCACGGAGCCUCUUACCGUCUCUGAGGACGGACUUUGUCCCUGCUUGCCUCCUGACCCAGGCCUAUUUAGACCUCGGACACGGAGGGAGUCGGCCUUCGGGCAGGCUGCAGCUUUAUGCACCGGCAGCUAAGGGUGCAGCCCCAGUGAGCUGGGAGUCCGUUCUAUGCGACUGUCUUUCCUAGUCGUGCGCCUCGGGACCAGCAGAGACAUGAAUUAUUCGAGGUUCCUCACUGCAACCAGCGCGGCCAGAAAGCCUUCCGCCAUCAGAUCAACAGUUGAGAUAAUGAGCAAUGCACCGAAAACCAUCAUCUCCCUGGCUCCUGGAUCUCCAAACCCAAACAUGUUCCCCUUUAAGGCGGCUGCUUUCACCAUGGAAAACGGAAAGACCUUCCAGUUUGAAGAAGAGAUGAUGAAAAGAGCCCUCCAGUACUCUCCAAGCUAUGG